AUGUCGCGAAUGUCCGAAGUUGAUAGGGGUAGGGCUAUUGCCCGAAUUCUACAGUGCCAAUCGCAACGUCUCGUCGCCCAGCAAUUUGGAGUCGAUGAGUCAACGAUAGCUCAAUUAGUUGGGCGUCUCAGGGCCACGGGAAGAUUAGCUGACUGUCCCAGGAGCGGACGUCCACGCGUUACGACGCAACGUCAAGAUCAGGGCAUACGUCUCUUACACCUACGUAACCGAUUUCAGACAGCGACGGAGACGGCAAGUCAUAUUGUAGGCACUCAUGGUCGCCGUGUGUGUCCAAGAACAGUUAGGAAUCGGUUGCGGGAGUUCAGUUUAAGGCCACUACGUCCCUACGUUGGUCCGCAACUUACACCCAGCCGACGUCAACGUCGAAUGCAAUGGCUGCGUGCACAUCAGUUUCGCUUGGCCCGCUGGAGACGUGUGCUAUUCACGGACGAGUCUCGGUUCACGCUGUAUAGGUCAGAUGGAAGAAAACGUUGCUAUCGACGUCGCGGUGAGCGAUAUUUUGACGCAUGCGUUAAGGAAAACGACCGAUUCGGGGGAGGGUCUGUUAUGGUUUUUGGCGGGGAUUUCUCAUGGCGUGAAAACACCUCUCGUGACCGUCCGAUAUUGGAAUCAGUUCCUCAUUCCUCAUGGCCUUCCAUUAAUCCAAGCGCGAAACCUUACGUUGCAGCAGGAUAA